AUGAGACUAUUAAGUGUUCUUUUAAUAGGAUUCCUCUGUUUAGCAGGUACCUAUGCACAAAAAUACCAAUUGUCACCGGCUUAUAAUGAUCCAUAUUUAACCGAUGAUAAAACAGGAACACAUGAUUUCUGGGUUCAAAAUGCGUCUUUACCAGUUUUCUAUGGUUUCCAUGAUUGGAAUUUCCAAGAUAAUUCUGGUAUAAUGGAAAUUAAUGGUGAUGAAAUGCAUAUCACAGGUAAAAUUUAUCCAACUGUUAAUAUGGGUGAUUGCCACAGAUACAAUGUUGAUUUAGUAUUCAAGAAAGAUAAAUCUGGUAAUGUUAUGCCAAAGAAAGAGCUAAGAGAAAGUGCAUACGUUCCACAUGGACCAAUUGACCCAGCCACUUGGAAAUAUUAUACUUUUGUUCAAGGUAAAUGGACUGGUUUUGGUUGUGACCCUCAAAAUGUCGUCUUUUCCGGUGCUGAAGGUGGUAUGCCAUUACAACUCGGUUAUGGUGCAAAUGGUAAAAAUGGUGAUAAUGGUAUCUCUGUUUGGUUAAUUUAUGGUUACACUAUUGUUGAUAUCAAUUGUAACAUUCGUCCAAUCAUUACACAAUCACCAACUCAACCACCAACACAACCACCAACUUAUCCACCAACACAACCACCAACACAACCACCAACACAACCACCAACUUAUCCACCAACUUAUCCACCAACUUAUCCACCAACUUAUCCACCAACUUAUCCACCAACUCAUCCACCAACUUAUCCACCAACUUAUCCACCAACACAACCACCAACUCAACCACCAGUACAAGAUUGUUCAACUUUAGAAUGCCCAGAAGGUUUCCAUUGUGAAAUUGUAAAUAAUCGUAGAACAUGUGUUUGUGAUACUACAGUUCCACCAACUCAUCCACCAACUCAAUCACCAACUUAUCCACCAACUCAACCACCAACUCAACCACCAACUUAUCCACCAACUUAUCCACCAACUUAUCCACCAACACAACCACCAAGAGCAUCAUGCGAUAAUGUUAGAUGUCCAAGAGGUUACCAUUGUGAAUGUAAUCAUUGGGAAAAUGUUGCUAGAUGUGUAAGAAACGAAGAACCAACUCAUAGACCAAAACCACCACACCAUGGUUGUCGUCCAGAUAGUUGCGCUAGAGGUGAGAAAUGUAUCUGUGUACGUGGUAAGAUCUAUUGUAUUCCAAAGACCACCUGUGAUCAAGUACGUUGUCCAAGAAAACACCAUUGUGAAUGCAAUAGAAAAGGUCAAGUUUUCUGUGUUCCAGAUUGUCCAAAAUUAACUUGUAAACAAGUUGGUUGCCCAGAAAACCAUGAAUGCGUUUCAAGACGUGGUGAACUCCAUUGUGUAUACGUUAGACCACCAACAGGUAGAUGGGGUGAUGAUCUCUCAGAUUUAGGUUACAAUCAAGCAAGUGUUGAAGCUGCAAUUGAUGCUUAUGAAGCCCAAAGGGGUCAAAGACCACAUAAUAAUAUUCCAUCAAACAAUUUACAUCAAGAAAACAAUGAUAAUUUGGGUGAUGGUUUUUAUGAUGGUGUUGAAAUUGGUUUCGCUGACGGAGGUUUCGACGUAAACGAUCUCAAUGGUUUUUAA